AUGGACGAGCUAACGACAUGGGCGAAAUCCCAUGGCGCAGCCCUCCAUCCGUCAGUCGAAAUAUUCAACGACUCAGAUACCGGCAACUCCUUCCGCGUCUCCGUUGAUGGCGCCGGUGUCAAACCCGGCGAUACGGUCGUCACCUGCCCCCUGGGCCUUACGCUAUCCUAUCUCAAUGCCACCACCACACCCAACCCAGGCUUCCACCACGAUGGCACCAACACACCCUUCCCUCCGUCAUUCCUCGAUAACGUUCCACCACACGUUAUUGGUCGCUUCUUCCUCAUCCACCAGUACCUCCUCGGCAAGGACUCCUUCUGGUACCCUUACAUCAAAACACUCCCUCUGCCCGGCAACCUCCAGUCAUGGAUCCUCCCUCCGCUAUGGCCCUCGGAUGAUAUUGAGCUGCUGGAGGACACCAACGUUCACGUCGCCAUCACCGAAAUCAAGGCGCGUCUGAAAGCCGAGUACAAGCAAGCCAUCGCCGCCUUCGGCGAAGACCCUGCUCGAAGGGACUACACCCGCCUCCUCUACAACUGGGCCUACUGCAUGUUCACCAGUCGGAGCUUCCGCCCGUCCCUGGUCAUUCCCGCUAGUCGCCAGCACACACUCUCGCUACCUGAGGGAUGUGCCAUCGACGACUUCUCCCUCCUGCUGCCGCUGUUCGAUGUAGGCAACCACUCCCCGUUAGCCAGAAUCUCGUGGGACCACCCGGAAGAUACCGCGGAUAUCUGCGCUUUGAAGACGCUGGACGCCUACCAACCGGGAGACCAGGUGUAUAACAACUACGGCACCACCAAGACGAACGCCGAACUGAUGCUAGGCUACGGCUUUCGGAUUCCCGAAUCGGAGGGUCUUCAUAACGACUACAUCCACGUCCAGAAGAGGGGUGGCGGACAAUCAUCGGAUGAGGGUUCUAAGGUGGCGAAGUCGAAAGAUUAUCUCAUCUCCCUUCGGCCGGUGACAGAUCCCAGCUCUGUAGCAGUCCGAUCCACGCAGCUUCUGCAGAACGUCGACGUCGAGAAGGUGUUGCCGCCCUUCAGACACGUCCAGGACGUCAUGGUCUGGGAGCUUAUCCAAGCGCAGACGACGGAAGAGCAGAGGGAAGAGAUGAUACCCGUCCCUGAAGGCAUCAGCGGCGCUGAGGCGGACCUGGCACGUCUCCUCAUGGUCCUGUACGGUCAAGUACCCGACGCUACCCAGCCUCUUCUGGAACAGACCGUUGCCAUUAUUCAGCACAAGGUCUUUCAGGAGCUGGAACGUCUUGACCAGUCAGAAUUCGAGCUUGAAGAGUCGGAGGCAACGAGGGAUCAGCUCAUGGCAUGCCAGUAUCGGAGACAGUGUAGAAAGGUCCUCAUGAACGUACUUGAGUCCAUGGGAAUGACGGAAGAAUCAGCAUAG